GGGCUGGCAUGGGCUGCUGUCCCUUCGGUGGGACACAUUGCAACAGCACAGGGCCAGGCACUGCCUGACAGCUCCUCAGCCCUGAGCGGUGCCACUGAGAUCCGUGCCAUGCAGGUAGCAUGGGGGCAAGAAGAGCUUGGGGACAGCAGCAGAGCACUUCCGCUUACAUGGGACAUGCCUGGAGGGGUGGGACAGCCCCCAGAGUGGUCAGAAUUCCCAGAACAUCAGCCCAUGAAUGAGGCUGUAUGUCAUGAUUUGAGCUCAGAAAGUGCCUGAGCCUGAAGGAAGGGGUGUCCCCAUUUCUCCCAGUGUCCCUGCCUGCCAGGGUGCACAGCCACACUGCCUGUUGGGCAUUUGCUGUGCUCUUCAUGGAGGGGCUGUGACCUCAGCUCCUUUCUUGCCACCUGUGGGUCAGCUGUGGUCACCGGGCGCAGUGCACUCACUGUUCCUCUGCUGGGGGAAGGGCACCCAUCAGUUUGGCCUCCUGGGCCAGGGUCCUGCCCAUGACAUACCUUGGCACAGAGCUGGCUGCCGCGGCUCACAGAGCCAUGGCUGUCCCUGCCCUCUGGUAGGGAAGCACCUGGCAGAGCCAGGGCAGGACAGUAGCAUCCUGAAUGCUGUGUGUGGGUGAUAGGAGCCAAAGCAUAUUCUGGGAAGCGAUGGUGAGUGCGUGGGCUGAGCCAGGCACAGCUGCAGGCCCUGCAGCCGGCAGGUUCUGUGCCUCCCCAGCUGCUCCUGCUGGCUGCAGGCAGAUCCAGGCAGAACAGGAGCUGAGCAGUGUCCCACGGGGGUCACGGUGUCACCCCUGGAUAAAGCCCGGCACCUUGCCCUGCUCUGCACUGCUCUCUCCAUGAGUGCUGUCCUUGGAGGGCUUUCUGGGCUCCCACCCUCUGCAGUUUCCCUGCUGCUGGCUGCUGUGGUGCAGCUUGGCUGCGGGAAUCCGCACGUCCGCAGCCCCCCCGGCCCCAUCCCACUCACACCAGUGCUCAGGAAAUGCUGCACUCUACAGAUUUUACAAGCCAAAGGGACUGAUAAGGGCAAUUAGAAGAUCAGCCAUCUGAGCAGAGUGAUGAACCUCAAAGGCAAGUGCUGCUGGCAGCACCGGCGCAGGUGCAGCAGCACAGAUCAUGGCAGGACAUGGAGCUGAUCCCGGAGCUGUGGGGUGGGCAGCACUGCCCCACUGCCAGGUGCCAGCCCUGCUGCAGCAUUAGGUCAGGAUGGAUUUUGUCCCUGUGCAGCACACAGUGGGGACACGUUGUCACUCAGCCCAGCACCGUGCACUCAGCCCAGCCUGAUGUUCAGCCCAGCCCGCUGCUGGAGCAGCAUGUCCUGGUGCAACAAGGCUGCCUUUAUGCAGGAGCUCCUUUAUUUGCCCCGGGGCCAGGAGCACCAGCUUGGAGUAGUUUCCCAGCACAGAGCACAGUUCCUGGCACACAGCAGGCACUGCAGGGUGUGGGGUGAUCCCAAUGCUAUCCCAGUGCUAUCCCAGUGCUAUCCCAAUGCUAUCCCAGUGCUAUCCCAAUGCUAUCCCAAUGCUAUCCUGAUGCUAUCCUGAUGCUAUCCUGAUGCUAUCCCAGUGCUAUCCCCGUUGCUGCCCCAUUCCCACCAUGCUGCACAGCAAUGAAAUGCAGUGAGUGUCCCGCGGGUGUCAGCGCCGGCUCCUGUUACUGCAUAAACACACGCGCUGGGGAGGGGACCGCGGCAAAUGCAAACAGUUACUGAUUUACUGUUGCUCCGUGCCUCACUGCGCUGUUGACUGUGGGCUUAAAUUACCUGGAAAUAGAUGCUGGCCGAGCAGACAAACAGCUCGUGACCUCAGAGCGGGGACUGCCUGCCCUGAACCCAUGCAGCCCCAAGCCCACACAGCUCCAGGAUGCUGCAGCCCAAAGCUGUGAGGGCUGCGGGUGCAGUGAUGGGGACUCAGCGAUGAAGGAGGGCCCCAAUUCCACCCUCACACUGCAGAGGAGAGGCUCAGCCUGGGCAUACAUCCAGGAUAGGGCUGGGGCCAGGGAUGCUCUGGAUUCUGCCCAGCAGAGAAGAUCCAGCCCCAGCCCUGCAGCUGGGCAGCACCAUCACCGUGCAGAGCACUGGAUCCCACGCAGUGAUCAAAUGCACUGAGCCAAACCUGGAGAAGUGAGUGAAGGGCUGAGGCCCCUCAGGUCCCUCAGCACGGUGCUGAGCCGCUCUGCUUCCGUCAGCAAACCCAAAGGAAUGAAAACCACUGCUGGUAGCACCUGCAGAUGAGCAAGAACUGGUGGAGCGGCAAACAGUGAUGAGAGCCAGCAGCCACGUGGGGUGAUUAGGAUUGCUUGGUCUGCUCAAAUACAGCCCGGCUUGGCACUGCUCAGCACUGCCAGGCACCCAAUGCGCAGGCUGCAGGACUGCCUGGUACCAUGGAGCAGAGGGCACACAGCCAGAGCACACAGCAGCUCACUGCCUGCCUGCCACCGACCUGAGCACCACCGCAUCCCCAGGCAGCUCACCAGGGCAGGGGCUGCGCUCACAUGCGCGAUGGCUGCCAGCCCAGGGACCGGACAGAUCUGAGCACAGUUGUCACAUGUGCCACAUGAACUGCUGGCCCCAACCCUGAGCUGACCAUUAGAGGGCCUGCCGUGGCUCUGUGCCCCACGGGCUGUGGGCUGGGGGCUCCCGGCAUGCUGAGCAUGGCGAUGCACGGUGCUUGGCUGCUGUUCCUGCCGGGCAAGUUUUCUGUGUAGACGCCUGGGCUCCUCGAGGCUCCCACUUCCUGGUCAGCUGCCAGCAGCGAGCAGAUACCUGAUACUUGGGGAUUGUGCAAUGGCACGAAGGGGGAGCCUGGCCCAGCCAGUUCCUUAUGAGCCACCCGGAAGGCAGUCCCCUCCCGCCCCACCUGGAGAGGAGCUUAAAGCCCAGCCGGGUGGCCCCGCACACGCACAGCUCCCCUGCACCAUGCCCAAGGCCAGCAGCGCGCUCCUCCUCGCGGGGCUCCUGGUUCUCUGGGCAGAGCUGCUGCCAGCAUCCGUCCUGAAUGUCACGAUAAAAGCCGGCGUGUGCCCGGAGCCAGCAGCAGAAGAAGCGAACUGCACGAUGGGGUGCCAGUCCGAUGGCGACUGCGAGAGCACCCUCAAGUGCUGCCCGGCGGCCUGUGGCAAGGCCUGCCAGGAGCCCAACGAGAAACCUGGCACCUGCCCGUCCGUGAAGCCAGGGAUCCCCAUGCUGGGGCUCUGCAUUAACCAGUGCAAGAUGGACUCCAACUGCUCUGGGAGCCUGAAGUGCUGCAGGAAUGGCUGCGGGAAGGUCUCCUGUGUGACUCCACUGUACUGAGGUGCAGCCUCCUUCAUCCCAGCUGUAGGGAAGCUGCUGCCCAAUGUGACGCUGCAUGGCCAGGCCCUGGUGCCCUCCUGCCCCGGCCUUGUCUGGGACCCCAGCAUGGAGCCUUCAGCCUCAACUCCCAUCCGAGGGCCCCACUCGGGGUGUGCCACAGCCCCCUGCACUCUCGCCAAUAAAGCAGCCACUCCCUGCCCUGUU